CCGAAGCAGAAAGGUUGCGUGUUGUGGUAAUCUUUGGCGCGCGGAAUAACAAUUGUGGUAGUGUGUGGAUGUGUUGAGUGAAGUUGUAAGGCUUGUAUGUAGUCAGGCAAAACUGUUACCACCGAGAUUAGUUCUUGUCAGAUUGCAUGAAACUUGUGCGCGUUGCAUUUAAUGUUGAAGAUGCGAUGUGUUACCGUAUCGUACUCACAUAAAAAAGUGAAUUUGCUGUUUUGUUAGCAACUCCUGAAUGUAUAGUCCGUUUACUGUUCACAGAUUAAUACAGAAGAUCGCUCACGAGUGGCUUAGAAGCUGAUGAAGUCUAAGUUGACUGCAUGACUAGUGUCUUUCUUCAAAAACUGAAAGUACAAAUAGCACAGUUUGUCUGAUGCCAUACAGGACAAUCUUUAUCAGAUACAUGUCAUUUUUCAUGUGAAGCUGAGUUAUGACAGCACAGAGUUCAAAACAGAGGCCCAAAUUCUUGAAACCAGCUGAAAAUUGGUGGGAAGAGGACAAGUCUGAAAUUGAUCCAAAUAAUGCCACGACAUUUGUGUACAAUCCGUAUGUCUCAUUUUCAUUGGAACAGCAGCGUCAGCAGUUGCCAAUCUUCAGCAAUAGAAGCCAUAUAUUGUACCUGUUGGAAAAUUUCCAGACAUUAGUGCUUGUGGGUGAAACAGGCUGUGGCAAAAGUACUCAGGUUCCUCAGUAUCUGGUGGAGGCAGGAUGGGCAGCCGACGGAAAAAUAGUGGGUGUGACAGAGCCAAGGCGUGUGGCUGCUACGACUUUAGCAAUGAGAGUUGCAGAUGAAAAAAACUGCAUGGUUGGUCAACUUGUUGGCUACAGCAUUCGCUUUGAUGAUCAUUUUGACCCUGAACACACUAAAAUAAAAUACAUGACAGAAGGCAUCUUGCUCCGGGAAAUGAUGGCUGAUCCUCUCCUGAGAAAUUAUUGUGUUAUAAUGCUGGAUGAAGUUCAUGAGAGAACACUCUUCACUGAUAUUGUCAUGGGACUACUUAAAAAGAUUUUGAGAAAAAGGAAGAAUCUUAAGCUGAUUGUCACUUCAGCUACAGUUGAUGCUGAACAUCUUAAGAACUUUUUUAGCCAUUCACCCAGUAAUAAGGAUACUGCAGUUAUUAUGAGUGUUCAUGGAAGGUUGUAUCCAGUCAGUGUCUAUUAUCUAAAAGAACCAGUAGCAGACUAUGUUCAAGGAGUUGUCGAUACAGCUAUAAAAAUCCAUGAAAAUGAACCAUUAGGAGACAUAUUGGCCUUCCUCACAGGCCAGGAAGAGGUGGAGAGAGCUGUGUCAGUUUUGAAAGAGCGUGCAGCUCAUCUUAAAUCUGACAAAGGUAAACUUCUUAUCCUGCCAAUGUAUGGCUCUCUACCUAAUGGAGAGCAAUUAAAAGUGUUUCGAUUUACUCCUCGAGGUAUGAGGAAGGUUGUAAUAUCAACUAAUAUAGCUGAGACAUCCGUAACAAUUCCAGGAAUUGUGUAUGUUGUGGACUGUGGUUUUGUGAAGUUGCGCUGGUUUAAUCCAGAGAAUCAUGCAGACUCAUUGGUUGUCGUGCCAGUGUCACAGGCAUCAGCUGAGCAGCGGGCAGGCAGAGCAGGUCGAGUACGUGUAGGAAAAGUGUACAGGCUGUACACAGAAGAGGCCUUCAAAGAUCUUGUAGAAGCCACUCCACCUGAAAUGCAACGAACAGAUUUAUCGAUGGCAAUUCUGCAGUUGAAAGCUCUUGGAAUUGACAAUGUGCUACGAUUUAACUUUCCUUCCCCACCACCAGCUAAGAAUCUUCUUUCUGGUCUUGAAUUGUUGUAUGCUCUUGGAGCAUUAGACAGAGAUGGGCAGCUGACAAAACCACUUGGUGUAACAAUGGCAGAGUUUCCAAUUGAACCUCUCUUUUCAAAAUGUUUAAUUAUUUCUGGUGAAUUUGGCUGCUCAGAGGAAAUGCUGUCAAUAAUUGCAAUGCUGCAGGUUCAAAACGUUUUUACCAAGCCUAGCAUUGGCCAGCUUGCAAUUAAGGCUCGCAUUGCAAAGAGAAAAUUUGAAGUUUCAGAAGGUGAUCUUUUGACAUACCUCAAUGUUUACAAUUCCUUCAUAAAGCAUGAGAUGUCUCGAGAAUGGUGCCAUACAAACUUUCUCAACUAUAAAGGACUGCGUAGAGCAUCUGAAAUUAGACAGCAAAUGAGCAAACUUCUACACCACUUCAAUAUUCCUAUUACAUCUUGUGAAGGUAACACAGAAGUGAUUUGUCGUUGCAUUACGGCAGGCCUCUUCCCAAAUGCUGUCUAUCUUCACUACUCUGGUGUUUAUAAGACUGUACGAGGGGACCAAGUCUUAAACAUACAUCCAACAUCUGUUAUAUAUACACUGGAGCAGCCUCAAUGGUUAUUAUAUUGUGAAAUUCUUUACACAAAUGAAGCAUACAUGAGAGACCUGACUGUUAUUGAUCCUUCAUGGCUCGAAGAACUAGCUCCUCACUUCUACCAGAAAACAGUUGAUAAAGAUUACUAAUCAUUUUAAUGGCUGUCUGACUAAGUACUUAAUUUUGUAUGACUUCAAAGGCUCUGUGUUUGCUGUACAUGUGAUUAGAUCUUGUAAUGAAAGGUCUGUCUUUUUUUGCAUUAGUGGCUGGUAUGAAAUGAAAUUUUAUGUUACAUUAAAGCUGUCACUUUGACCAUACUUGAACUGGGGAGUCCACCUAGUCUGCAGAAAUUAGAGGAGAAGUUCUUGGAACCAUGUAAAAAUAAGAGAUUAAUAAAAUCAGAAUGACUUUUA